GUUGGCCAAAUCUCGUCAGAUGCUGGUACAAGUUUGUCUUGUAAACACCGUUGCUGAAACACGACUACCCUUAAAUAAUUUGCAGUGACGGAAUCAGUUGGCCGAUCUCCCUACCCAAAACCAAACAUUUCAUCAGCUUCUGAAACACAUACUGUUCAACGUCUAUCCGAAAGCUCGAAAUAUUUCGAAAUUAGGGCAUAUACAAGAUAAACCCUAGGGUGGAGUUAGGGUUUAUCUACUCACGCGUUGGAGAGAUAACUGGAACCAGCUCCAGAGCAUGCAUAGAUCUCUGUUUAGGGUACCUUUUCGAUUGUUUGCAGAUUCAUUUUAUAGAUUGAAAGUUCCAAAAAAGGGGGAGAAGAAUGUGACUCAUCAGAGGAUACAAUACAUUGAGACUAAUUCAAAAGCAUAUGGUCGUGUCCGGUAUGAAUCAAAACCAAUCACAUAUAAUUUGCAAGUGGAAAUUGUUAAUGCUCUUCGUUUGGGUAAAAGGGACGAAGCUGUAAAUCUGCUUUGGAAACUUAGCAGUGGGAGUGACUCUUUAAGAGAUGAUGACUUUAUAUAUAUCCUUGAAUAUUGUGCAAAAGCUCCAGACCCGGUGUUUGUUUUGGAGACAUGGAGCUUGAUGAAAGAAAAAGAAAUAGGUAUGAAGAAAAAAUGUCAUUUGUUUGUGAUUCAAGCUCUCGCCAAAGGGAAUCACCUUGAUGUGGCACUCAAUUUGCUGGAAUUUCUUGGGGAACAAAAUCAUAUGAAACCUGAUUUGCACAUGUACAAUGUCUUCUUGAAUGCAUGUGUUCAAAUGCAAGGUGAUGUUCAUGUUGCACAGCUUGUUGUGCGAUGUUUAAAGUUAAUGGAAGACCGGCUCAUGGGGAAAUCUCCAGUAACGUAUGUCGCGCUUCUGAAGCUCGCCGAAGACCUCUCUGCAGUCCAUAGUAUCUGGAAGGAAUUCACCAAGUACUAUAGCCCAAGCAUUAGUUGUCUUCGACACUUCAUCUCCUCCUUCACACGAUUUGGAGAUUUGGCGUCUGCAUGUAGAGCUUUGCAGCAUAUGGUGGCACUGGUUUUACAGGGAGAUCACUUAUCGAUGACAUCUGCCGAGGCAAAAUAUAGGUCCUCUAGAUUGAACAUUCCUAUACCUGUGAAUCAUGAUUUUGACAUUAAUAAAAGGGAGAAACAUGCCUCUUGUGUCCAUGCAUCACACACUCAUGGUGCUAAGACAACAGCAGGAGAAGAUGACAUACAAAGCAUCGAAUUAUAUAUGUCUAGCAGGGAAAAGUACAUGCUCAAUGGCAUCAAUUGUCUCCCACAGAUUUAUAGCUGUUCGCCGUUGUUUGCUGUGCCUAAUCAGGGUGAUGGAUCUGGUUCUCUGAGUAGCGAGAAUGAUGCCGUUAGCUUUCUGAAAAGAAUUUUUGAAACAGGACCUGUUCAGAAUGUCUUGAGGUGGUCUUUCAAUGACAUAUUACAUGCAUGUGGACAAUCUGCAAACUAUGAGCUUGCUGACCAUUUGUUCCAGCAGAUGCAAAAACUUGGUGUGGAGCCAUCAUGCUUUACUUAUGAUCGCUAUAUUAAAGUUGUUGUUAUGUGGAAGGGAGUUGCCGAUGGCAUGGAAGUGUUGAAAGCUAUGAAAAAGAAGAAUUUGAAGCCAUUUGGUAAAACGCUUGCAAACCUUUCAAUAGGUUGCAGUAAAAUCUUAAAACUGGACCUAGCUGAGGCUUUGCUGGAUCAAAUUGUUGAAGCUCAAUACCUUCUUUAUCCUUGUCGUGCCUUUCUUGGUGCAUGCGAUGAUAUGGAUAAACCAGAACGUGCUAUCUGCGUAUUGGCUAAAAUGAAGAAAAUGAAAGUUAAGUUCGAUAUGGAUAUUUACGAGCUUCUCUAUUCUUUGUUUGUUACCGUGAAUGCUCCUUAUGAGAAGGGGGAUCUGUUGUCAAGGAAUGAAGCUACUGAAAGAUUAAAAGCAAUAGAGACGGAUAUGGUAGAAAACGGUUUUCAGCACAGCCCUCGAUCAAUACAAAACUUGUUGAAAUCCCUGGGAGCCGAGGGGAUGACAACAGAACUGCGAUAUUAUUUAGAUUAUGCCGGAGAUCUAUUCGGUGGUAGGAAACCUUACAGAAGAGAAGUUAUGUGCAAUAUAGCUAUCCAUUCACUUGUUGACGCAAAGGAAAAUGACAAAGCCAUACAUAUCUUCAGACAAAUGAUAAGUAAUGGCUUGCAACCAGAUGCUGCAACAUACACUAUCAUGGUUGACUGCUGCAGCAAUAUAAGGUGUUACAAGUCCGCCUGUGCAAUUGUUUCCUUGAUGAUACGGGAUGGUUUUUUUCCUGGGACAUCCACUUACACUACUCUCAUAAAGAUUUUGUUGGCCAGCCAAGAUUUUGAUGAGGCAUUGAGGCUCUUGAAUCAGCUAAGAGUGGAAGGCAAUCAGCCAGAUGUGUUACUAUUUAACACCUUUCUUCGAGAAGCAUAUAUUAAGGGACGAAUUGAUUUACUGGAGUACAUUGUUGAGCGAAUGCACCAAGAAAAUAUACAACCUGAUCCAACAACUUGUUCUUAUGUUUUCUCUGCAUAUAUGGACUGUAAUUUUAUUAGCACAGCAAUAGAAGCAUUGCAAGUAUUGAGUAUGCGAAUGAUCUCUGAAGAUGAAAACGUUCUGGAAGAAAAGAGGAAGGAUCUUGAAGAGGAUUUCAUCCUUGCUGAAAAUUCAGAAGCUGAAUUUCGGAUUAUCAAACUUUUUAAAUUUCAGGAGAACCUUGCUGCUGCACUGCUGAAUCUAAGGUGGAUUGAAGUAUGUGGAUUCUCAAUUUCAUGGCAACAUAAUGAAAGUGCCUGGGCCAAGAGGCUCUCGUCUGCCUAUGGUUCAGGAGUAUUGAGACCAUCUCCAAGUGAAGAUACAGAAGUCUGAAGGCUGAUUCUUUCUACUUGUAUUAUUCUUAUAGGCUCUUCAAAAAUGUGUUCUGCCGUCUCUAAAAGAUAGGCAGGUUUGUGUGUAAAUUAUUGCUAGAUUCAGCAACUACUAGUUAGUGAAGGAAGAGACGAUAUACUGCAACAGUUAUCAUUCUGAAGAUUCCUAUAUAUGCGGCUGGGCGGAAAAGUCUUCAUGAAGGGCUAUAUUCUCUAUGCCAUGAUACAAUGAAAUAACCUGGAAUUGGAUCAAAUCAAGGGCUUUACAUUAGCUAUACUAGCAACGCAUGAAGUUUCAGAAGUGAGCAGCUUCCUAGCGCCUUCUCACUUAAUAACAAUGCAUUACAGGGUCCAGUGAAGAAGUCAUCGUCUAUGGGAAUUUGGGGAAGUUUUUGUUUUUCACUCUUGUACAGUUGAUGAGGUGGCAUUGGUACGCUCACAGUUUUGAAGCCCACCAGAAAUUUUGAUUUAUGUUAUUUACCUUGUAACACUUGUACAAUCAACAUUCGACAGCGAAUGUUAGUCUCUUUAGCUGCUCUUACCUCCUCUUGCAAAUAAGUAAUAAAUCUGAAAAUUAGAUAUA